GAAUUAAAUUUGCUUUAUUCCCAAAAUUUGACUUGUUGGAAAUUUAAAAGGAUGCAUGAUUCCUCGGGGCUUCACAUUGCUUUUGGAAUUCUCUCUGCAGAUGACUCCUUAUGCGAAACUGUUCAAAACAGAAGUGAUUUGCACGUGAUAACGAAUGAGGCACUGGAUAUAGUUUGGCGGAUUUUUGUGUUUGGAUUGAUCCCUAUUUUUUCAAUUUUUGGAUUUGUAGGAAACAUCUUUAGUCUUAUAGUACUGUAUCACAAUCGAAUGAGAAACCCGACCAACUUUUGUCUGUCGGCUUUAGCUCUUGCUGAUCUUGGAUUUCUUGCCCAGAGUCUACUUUUCGUUGGGACCAACAUUCAGCGUGAGCUAGACCCAGCCCUCGGUGAAGAAAGAAGUCAGAUGUUGUAUCCAUGGUUUGGAGCUUACGCCAGCUUAGUGGCAGCCAGAAUUUCCUCGUGUCUGAUCCUUCUUUUAACCAUAGAAAGAUUCAUCGCCGUUUGUUUCCCAAUACGUGCUAAACUGAUUUGUAACACACGCUGCACACUAGCGAGCCUGAUUGCAAUUUGUUUGGUGACGUCUAUAGUUUUUCUUCCCUAUGCAUUUAAAUAUAAAAUCAUUCACGAUCACAAGAAUACAACCCAAACCACUCUGACAGGAAUGUAUCUUACGCUUUCAAAACUCGGGAAAAAUAAAGUUUUCUUCGAAGUGUAUGGAAUUAUUUUAAAUAUUGUGUACAGAUUUGUUCCAAUAAUACUAGUAUUAGUUCUAAACACUAGGAUUAUCAUAAUCACACGAAAAACCUGUUCAACUCGUAAACUCAUGGGAACUCUCGACGCGAAAAUUUAUUCUAAUGAACAAACUCGGAUUACCUUGAUGCUGGUGACGAUAUCGCUUUUAUUUGUGCUAUGUACGCUGCCAGGGGCAAUGCAAAGUAUUUUGUCCCAUUAUGCAGACGGGUAUACUAUGACCGGAAAAUAUCGGUAUGCCUUUCAAUGUUUCAGCUAUGUUGCAUAUUUUCUUGAGACCGUUAAUUGUUCAGUUAACUUUUUUAUAUACAUGGUAAUGAGUAAAAAAUUCCACAAGACAUAUAAAGAAAUGUUUUGUUGUCUGCAAAAAGAGAUGCAUUACCAAGUGCCAUGUAAUUCUAAGGAAUCUAUACGUGGUAUACAAAGAAGCGAAAGUAGGCUUCUCCAUAGUAGCAUGAAAGGAUCAACUUGAAAUAUAAAUUUCAAAUGUGCUGGUCAUUUACAAGGAAAUUGCAUUUAGUCUGAUUUCAAAGUUACAAAGAGCCGCAAAUCGUUGAUUCCUGCAUAGUUUAUGCCGUUUGGGAAAAAAUAACACUAAGUUAAUUUUUAUUAUCGUUUGGUAGAAAUUGAUUGUUCAUUUUAUGAGAAUUUUAUUUUUAUGACUGCCUCCCACAUGCUGUAUUAUAAGAAUAUUGAACUCAAGAGCAAUCUCAAUCACUUGCAAUCUGACAAUGGAAAUAACAUUAUAUACAUUGUACA